GAAACUACGACUACGCCAGCCGCGUUUCAUUCAGCUGGUGUGUCGUCUGUGCAAGGGUCGUAGAAAAGCUUGUUUUCUUUGAUGGGACGUUCAUCGGGAAUCCCCGACCGUUGGUCGAAUUAUAGUUGCAUCGGAGGUAUUGUUCCAGGUACGCCGUUCCUAGCCUUCAAGGUGCCUCUACAAGAUCGUCUAUGCAGCUCUCUUCCACGUGAAGCGCAGUUUACUCCAACGGACCUUCUCAAUCGGGUACACGGCCUAGGCCUAAUAAUCGACCUGACCUGCACAACUCGUUAUUAUAACCCAAGCAUAAUGGUAGACAACGGCAUAUACCACCAUAAGAUUGUGUGCGCUGGACAGAGGAUUCCCAGCCCUUCUGUAAUCCGUGCAUUCUUUGAUACGGUGGACUGGUUCCUGCGGAAUCCCAGUAACUACGGCUUGCUAAUUGGCGUGCACUGCACACACGGCGUCAAUCGUACGGGGUACCUGAUCUGCAAGUACAUGAUCGAAAGGAUGGGAGUGCCUCCGUCUAUAGCUGUUCACGAAUUCCAAGAAUCUCGAGGUCAUGCCUUUGACAGGCAGGAGUACGUUCGAGAUCUCUGUAGGAGGCCUUACCCGACGUAACACAUCCAAAGUAAAUGCGUUCUCUCUCGUCGUCGUGAUUGGUUUGACGGCUGCUAUUUCGCAGUGCCUUCAGGAGUUGCUUGGACAAGCUGUUUGCUUUUUUUCGUUUUAUUUAAACCCGUCGGCCGGAGCUCAUCUUGAGAGGUGGUUAUGUGUGAACGAUACAUGCGAGUCGUCGCCGUAUGAGACAUUAAAAAUUAUCACAUACAGUGGGUGUAUCUAUCUAACCGCUUUUUUUCUUCCAACCUCAAUUCUUUCAUCACAAAGGCGGUCAGAUCUGCUGAUUUUAGAGUUACUGAGUUCAGUGAUAUGCGCUGGCCUGAACUGCACCAGUAAUGAAACACUUGUAUGCCUUCCUUUUUUUAUUAGUAGUGUUUGGUGUGUGUACUGCAGGAGGAAGACUCGGAUAUAAAGGCACUACAAACUGUU